GGCUUCCGCUUCCGGUUCUGACGGACGCUUCGGCCGUAACGAUGAUCGGGGACAUCCUGCUGUUCGGGACGCUGCUGAUGAACGCCGGGGCGGUGCUCAACUUUAAGCUGAAAAAGAAGGACACACAAGGCUUUGGGGAGGAGUCGAGGGAACCCAGCACAGGUGACAACAUCCGGGAGUUCCUACUGAGCCUCAGAUACUUCCGCAUCUUCAUUGCGCUGUGGAAUGUCUUCAUGAUGUUCUGCAUGAUCGUGCUGUUUGGCUCCUGAGCCCCAGAUAUACGCCUUCCCGGGAACCAGGAACCAGGAACCAGGAACCACCUUCCCAGAUGCCGGGUCUCCCUUCCUCCGUUCCUGAUGACUUCAAGAAUGGUUUUGACUGGAAAACCAGCGAUCUUCCCAGAAAGCCCAAGUUCGUGGUGGGUGGAAAAAAAUGUUCGCCAAGCUGCACACGGUUUCCCAGCCACGUCAUUGUUUUCUUUUCAAAGAUCUUUUCACUUUGGUCUCUCCUCUGAAAUGCUGACUACUUAAGGAGUUUGAGGAGGGCUUAUGGAAGGGGAAUGUGAUAACAUUGCAUUCCCUACGGAUAAAAGAACAUGUCUAGAUUGUUUUUUUAGAUUGGAAUUCCUCUUCUUCCAAGCUUCCGCUAGAAACCCACUUCUGGAUAUUUCUCCGUUUAUUUUUAACCACCAUCCUUUUUGGUUCCAAUUACCCAAGUUCUGAAAAAAUCAUUUUUAUCCAGGGAUCUGAAACAGAAAGGUUGGCUUUUGAGUUUGGUGGAACCUCUUUACUGGACUGUAUUUACGAAUAACAAGCAAGUUCAUUGUUGCUGGGCCUGUGUCCAAAUUCCUUUCCUGUCUCGAUGGGCUCUGCUUGGCCGCUCAGUGCAGCUGAGGUCAUCCCCAGGACUUUAAGGGUGAAGUAUUACCGAUUUCCAUGGAAGAGAGGUACAGAGCAGGCAGAUGUGGGUGUUAGGAGAAACUUCGCCUUGCCUCGAAGCCCUCUGUUAAAGUCACUUUGGGGCCAUUAAUUGUAUCAUUUUCAGAACGAGGGUGCCGUCCAUGGGGGGUAUCAGGACCCAGUUCUCCAAGUUUGGAAUUCCGGGUCUGAUUUUCAAGUGAGUGAUUUCAAGGUUGAAAAGCAAGGAGCCUCACUCGAGGAAAUCUAGCAUUUUGCACAGAAUCUUCAUUGAAAGGGAGGCCUUUUAUUGCCAAGACGAAAUGCCGGUGGUCAGCACCCAGAUCCUGCCGGUGUUUGAUUUGUUCCUUGUGGUUUUUGAAAUCCUGAUUUGUAGGUAAACCUGACAGGAGGAAGAAGUAACCAAGUAAACCUGUAGACUUGCAGAACCGAGUCGCAUUGAAAAUAAAGCUCAUUUCUAAAAAGGA